AUGGAGAAUGAAGAUCCUUCUCCAUCCUCAUCAAAUUUGGGAUUUCCGUCAAAGAAACAAGUUUUGUAUGGGACUAUGGAACCUAAACCUGAUCCUGGACGCGUAUUAAAAAUCCAUGACGUGUUCUUAAGUUUUCGAGGAGAAGAUACUCGUGCUUCCUUCACUUCACAUCUCUGUACAGCUCUGUUGAAUGCUGGAAUUACUGUUUUUAUUGACGAUAAUGACCUUCAAAGAGGAGAUCACAUUUCACUAUCAUUACACCUUGCAAUUGAGCAGUCUCGUAUUGCUAUAAUUGUUUUCUCUACAAAUUACGCCGAUUCACGGUGGUGUCUCGAUGAAUUGGAAAACAUAAUGGCUUGUAGCAGAGACAAAAGACAAGUGGUUGUGCCAUUGUUCUACCAUAUAGAUCCGUCUGAAGUACGCCAUCAGAGAGGCGAGUUUGGAAUUGCUUUUCAACGUCUUUUGUACAAAAUUACAAACGAGCUGGAAAUCAACCAGGCGCAGAAGUUGGUGGUAAGUUGGAGAGACACACUUCGUGAGGCAGCUAGCAUUGCAGGGUUUGUAAUACUUAACUCUAGGAAUGAAAGUGAGGAUAUCAAAAGAAUUGUUGACAAAGUUUCACAUUUGCUCAACAAGUCAGACUUGUUUAUUGCACACAAUCCCGUGGGAAUUGAAUCUCGAGUGCAAGAUGUGAUUCAACUUCUUCAACCCAUUCUUCUAUCAAAGAAAGUUCGACUACUUGGGAUAUGGGGCAUGGGGGGAAUUGGCAAAACAACUAUUGCGAAAGCCAUUUACAAUAAAAUUGGCCGCAAUUUUGAAGGUAGGAGCUUCAUUGCAAAUAUUAGGGAACAUGGGGAGAAAAUUGAUGGACUAGUGGGUUUACAAGAGCAACUUCUAUUUGAUAUUUUCAAAGAAACAACAGUGAAAAUACCACAUGUUGAGUCAGGAAUGAACACAUUACAGCGUAAACUAAGUAAAAAAAAAGUACUUAUUCUACUUGAUGAUGUGAAUACGUUAGAGCAAUUGAAUACUUUCUGUGGAAGUCCUCAAUGGUUUGGCCCAGAGAGUUUAAUAAUCAUCACAACCAGAGAUAUGAACUUACUUAGAGGGAGAGUUGACCAAAUAUACAAAAUGACUAUAAUGAAUGAAAGUGAAUCAAUUGAACUUUUUAGUUGGAAUGCAUUCAAGCAAGUGACUCCUACAGAUGAAUUUCUUAACAUUUCCAAAAAUGUAGUUGAAUAUUCUGGGGGAUUGCCCCUAGCUCUCGAAGUCCUUGGAUCUAAUUUGUUUAAUAAGAAGAAGUCGGAUUGGGAACUUGUGCUGGAGAAACUCAAAAGAAUUCCUAAUAGUCAAGUGCAGAAGAAGUUAAGAAUAAGUUAUGAUGGCUUAAAUGAUGAUGAUGAAAAAGAAAUGUUCCUUGACAUAGCUUGUUUCUUUAUUGGAAUGGACCGAUAUGAUGUUAUACAUAUAUUAAAUGACUGUGGACUUUCUGCAGAAAUUGGAAUAAGUGUCCUCGUUGAGCGUAGCCUUGUGACUGUUGAUGACAAGAACAUGAUUAGAAUGCAUGAUUUGCUACGAGGUAUGGGAAGAGAAAUCAUUCGUGAGGAAUCACCAAGGAUACCUGAAAAUCGUAGCAGGUUGUGGUUUCAGGAGCAUGUGAUUGAGAUUUUAUCAAGACAAACCGGAACAAAAAGUGUUACGGGAUUGGCUUUGAAGCUGCCUAGGGAAAAUGAUGUAAAAUGUUUUUUAACCCAUGCAUUUCGUAAGUUGAAAAGGCUCAGACUGCUUCAACUUGUAGAGGUAAAACUUGAUGGAGAUUUUGAAUAUGUUUCAAGAGAUCUGAGAUGGCUGUCAUGGGAUGGAUUAAGUGACGUACCUACAAAUUUCUAUCGAGAAAAUUUGGUUUCCAUCGAAUUAGAGAACAGUAACGUGGAACUUCAAUGGAAUAAGACUCUGAGGAUGGAGAAAUUGAAAAUUCUCAAUCUUAGUCAUUCUCACCAUCUCACACAAAGCCCUGACUUUUCAAACAUGCCUAAUCUUGAAAAGCUAGUACUCAAAGAUUGUCCAUUGUUGUCUGAGGUUUCUCCUACCAUUGGACAUCUCAACAAAAUUCUUCUAAUAAAUUUGGAAGAUUGUAUUAGCUUAUAUAGCCUUCCAAGAAACAUCUAUAAGUUGAAAUCUCUAAAAAUUCUCAUUCUUUCGGGUUGUUUAAAGAUUGAAAAGUUGGAAGAAGAUUUAGAACAAAUGGAAUCUUCAACCAAAGUUCCCUUUUCAGUGAUAGGGUCCAAAAGCAUUGGAUAUAUUCCUCUGUGGAGCUAUGAAGGAUUUUCAUGUGAUGUGUUUCCAUCUAUAAUUUGGUCUUGGAUGUCACCAACAAAUAAUCUCCCAUCCCAAUUUCAAACAUCUACUAUCAUGUCAUCUCUUGCUGCUUUAGAUGUACCACAUAGUAGUUCUCAGGAACUUUCAUCAAUUUCUAAGUACCUUCCAAGUCUUAGAAGUCUUUGGGUGGAGUGCAAAUCUAAAGAUCAACUUGUUGUACAUACUAAAAUAAUUUUGGAUGCUUUAUAUGCCACAGUUUCUAAGGAUUUGGAAUCAACAUCAGAAGUAUCAAAUAGUACCACUCCUAUACUAAUUCAAUGUUGUAGUCAAAUGAACGUUUCAGGAUCAAAACAUUGCUCGAAAUCUCUUUUUAUUCAAAUGGGAAUGAAUUGCCAAGUGACCAAUUUUUUAAAAGAGAAAAUUUUACAGAACAUGGAUGUCAAUGACAGUGGUGGAUGUUUUCUCCCCGGUGAUAACUAUCCAAGUUGGGUAACCUUUAAUUCUGAAGGUUCUUCUGUAACCUUUCAAGUCCCUCAAGUCAAAGGGCAUAACUUGAAUACAAUGAUGUGCGUUGUCUAUACUUCCACCCCGGAUGACAUAGCAUCCGAUGGACACCUUAAAAGCAUGUUAGUAAAGAACUACACAAAGACUACCAUUCAGCUUUAUAAGAGAGAGACAUUAGUCUCCCUUAAAGAUGAGGAGGGGCAGAGGAUAGUAUUAAGCAUGGAACCUGGUAACAAAGUGGAGGUUAUCUUUGUUUUUGAGAAUGGCUUCGUUGUGGAGAAGACCUCGCUUUAUCUCAUAUAUGAUGAACCAGAGCAGUAA